AUGGCUCCUGUAGGGACGCAGCGGUCUGUUGUUUUUAUAGUUUUAUUCCUGAACUUUUUCUACACUUUCGUCUCUUCUUUGUACUUUAACAUCGGAGAGAAGGAGCAGAAAUGUUUCAUAGAGGAAAUCUCUGAUCUGACGGCGGUUAAAGGAGAUUUUCGGAUCCAGCUGUUGGAUCAUCAGAGGAACAAACAGCAGCAGGCCAAUCAGGAGCUGGGAAUAUUAGUCAUAAUUAAAGAUCCUGAUGAAGAGCUGCUUUGGUCUCGUUCGUACGGCUCUGAGGGAAGUUUCACAUUCACAGCUUGGAGAACUGGACGACAUCUGAUCUGCCUGCAGCCCAAGUCCUCAGAUCUUCCCCCGCUGUCCGCUGGAGGCUCGCUGGUUCUUCAUCUGGACAUCAGAGUCGGUGAACGCGUGUUCAACUACACACGAAGAACGACCAACAGGAAACUGACCGAACUGCAGCUGAGAGUCCAACAGCUGUACGAGCAAGUGGAUCAGAUCAUGAAGCAGCAUCAGUACCAGAAGUUCCAGGAAGAGCGUUUCCGUGACGUCAACCAUAAAACCAACAUGUGGAUCUUCUGGUGGCCCUUCGUCCGCUCUCUCUACGUGGUGGCCGUCGUCAUGUGGCACACCAACACCUGGUGAAGUCACAUCGCUCAUCCUCUUCAGUAAACUUUGGAUCUGCAAGAAGAAAAAAACAUUUAAAAAGGC